AUGUUAUUGAAAACUCCGACAAGAUUCAAAUUUGAAAAGAAAGUGCAUACACCUCCAAGCUCAGAAAGAGAUGGGAGUAGGACUUCAAAAUCCAAGUUUCUCAAGGGGAUAUCUGGUAAAGUCUUUAGAAGGACGCCCGAUAUGAAACAACAGCAAGCAUCGACUUUUGAGGAGUUCAGCCCUUUUACUCCAAGUGCUGGGUUAAAUAAUUCAAAGAGGCAUAUACCAAAACCAUUGAAUCUCUCAAAACCUCUAUCACCACCUCCAACGAUAUCGAAGCAUGACUCUUUUUCUAGGAGUAGCUCGACACUCGUCUCUUCUGGAAGAGCCGAGUUUGGUGACCUGGAUUCUCCAGUUCACCUACAGCAACUCCCAAACAGAAGUGCCAAUCGCUUCAGUAGCAAGAAUUUAACUCGCGCUCUUAUAAGAGAGUCUUCAGCAUCUAGUCGAACUUCAUCUGAUGUCCGGACGCUCCCCAAUAGCGAUAUUAUAGUUUGGACCGAUGCAGAAGAUAACGACCCAUAUUUAGAAGAGAGCUCGCCAACUUUUUUGGCUACGGUUAAUAGAAAUAUGAAGAAGUAUAACUCUAAUCAUGGCCCAAAAAAGUUUGUGGGCGAAAGAUGUGCUGUAUGCCAAGAAGGUUUGAAUAACAAUUUUGCUGGUGAAAAAAUAGUUGAAUUGUCAUGCUCACAUCCAAAUCAUUAUAGUUGUUACCUUACAAUGCUUGGUUCAAUACAAGGUAACAAUAGCUUACCAAAAUGCUAUUUGUGUGGGCAGAUUACAGGCCCCACUGAUACAGAAACUUUACAAGAAAUGAAAUCAAAGCUGCUAGGCAGCAAUGGUAUAACUACUUCAACAAAUCAACAGUGGAUAGAUCUAAGUCCGAGAAAGACAUAUUUUCCUCAAUUCACACCGCUUGAUCGAGUUAUUCAUACAGCAGAUAUUUCGCAAGAUGGGUUUAAGAUGCCUCCUUUGACAGGGAGAGACGAUAGUCGUUCAUUUGUGGAAAGCAUACAUAAAGAGAACAUCUUUUCCAAUACUGAGUUAAAAAAUCCUUUCCAAAUCGAGAAAGAGGAAAUUGACUGUAAAAAUGAAGAGUCUUAUGAAGUCGGUGGGCCAGAAAUUAUAAGACUUGGAGACAAUUCAUUUGAUUGCAAAAUAACAAUCCCAAAUUUGGACACCAAGCCGAUAGUGAAGGAGAGAAUAUUAAACAAAAGCGAACUUAGAGAGGAGUCCCUGAUAAGAACGGAAAUCGUCGGUUAUUUUGAAGAAAUCUUGAAGAUAAAUGAAGAUAUUGGGAAACUGCUGCUAUUUGAAAAAUGUAAGUAUUCUGUAGAAGGGGAAGAAUGGAGUUUUAACAUUAUUUUUUGCUUCUAUGAAAGACUUUUGAUUUUGUUCGAUUUUUCAAAUGAAAAGAUUGUAGGUAGAGUGCCUGUAGAUAGAGUGUACGAUGUGACAAAAAUCAGUGACCUCAAAAUUCUCAUUGGAAUGAAAAGUACGAUUCUUCCAGAGAUGUAUAUUGAAUUUUGUGGCCCUACUGAAGAGAAAACUGCCUUAAAAUGGAAGUAUUACAUUGAAAACCUUGAGAAGGUGCCACUACUAAAUCAUAUUACUUCUUCAACCACAGAUUUUCUUCCUGAAUCAUUAGCUGUUCGGUUUAAAUCAUUUGCUAAGAAUGCGGAUUCCUUCAGUCCCAGACCAUGGGUCCUCUCAAAUUUCGAUGCUCCAUUGCAACUUAUUGUAUGUAUGAACUUAUCAUCAUUUGCCGAUGAAAAUGAAGAUUAUAUUUCACUCAGGAAAAAAACGUUGAGUGUUAUCCUAGAAAAAUUGGGCGAUGACGAUUUACUGGGACUAGUUCUUGUUGGUAAGGAUGGUAGUGGUAAUGUUGGAGAGUAUGGUACUUUUGUGGGUACAAUCGAUAAAAAGUGGCAAGGCUGGGAAGAUGUACUUGAAACCAUGGAUGCCGUAAAAAAAGGUGUCUUCCAAGAUCAAGAAAAAGAGAUGCAGGUAUUCCUUCAGACCUGUUACAGGCUAACAAGUACAUUGCAAACAAUGGAGGAGAUACCAACAUAUUCGAAGCAUAUCAUAAUAUUGAGAGAGAAAAGCAUGCAUGACGAAGAGGAUAUUUUAAUAAGAAAGUAUAGGACGAGGGUUAUUGAAGAUCAAAAAUUCAGCAUUGAUGAGGUAGAACUAGAUAGAGCGUUACUUGAGUCAAACAGCCUGAAGAAUAUUAUUGAUAACUAUCAUAAAGAAAAUGUUAAUAGUCUCAUUAUAAAAAAAGAUGGUAAGAGUAUGAGGAUUGGAAAUAUGUCAAUUGGUGAUGAAAAGGUUGUCAAUUUAAAGAAAAUACUAGAUGAUGGAGCGUAUGGAAGUAUUAUUGACAUUGAAUUAGAGUGGUUUGAUUUAGCCAAAGGAAAGGUGGAGAAAAGAAAAUGUCCAUUGCUAUAA